UAUUGCGAAUGUGAAAGGAAGUAGUUUGCAACGUUCACUUUUAGUGACGUUAUUUUCAACGAAUGGAACGGUAGAAAUGACUGUACUGCCCAAUCAGUUUUCACAAUGGGACCACUAAGGCGGGGCGUCAGCGACACUGGUGGUGUUUCUGGAAAGGGGAAAAACAAGGGAAAAGAUCUGUGUUUACGUGGUUGCAACAUUUAAGACUGACUGUAAUUCAGUUGCUCCUUUCAUUAUUUACAGGCCACGUUGCUUCGUCAUCUGGACUUUGGUUCAAUGGAAACAUUUUGACCAUGUUCAGCUUUGAGGGAGAUUUCAAAACAAGGCCCAAGGUGUCUCUUGGAGGAGCAAGUAAAAAGGAGGAAAAAGCAUCUCUGCUGCAUCGAACACAGGAAGAAAGGAGGAAAAGAGAGGAUGAAAGGAGAAGACUGAAAAAUGCAAUAAUCAUCCAGUCGUAUGUGCGAGGGUACAAGGACAGAAAACAGCAGUAUGCCAUCCAGAGGAGCAAGUUUGACCACUGUGCCUGCUCUGUGCAGUCGGGAGGGGCGCUGCCCGCCCCCGAAGGACCCGGCCUCAGUCUCCUAGUACGGCAGCUCCUGUUUUUCUACCGGCAGAGUGAAGACUCCAGCAGAUUGAUAUGGAUGUGCCAGAACUUGGUGAAGUAUCACGUCCAGUUUGUGAAGCUGCUUUCUGGAGUGGAAAGACAGACGUGUGUCUUUCAGAUAAAGAGGAUUCUGGGCCUCUCCUGCAGACUUCUGCAGACCUGCAAGUCAGACAGUGUGAAUGUUACCGUUCCCUUGAGAAUGCUGGAGAUAUUUUCCUCAGAGAGAACUUAUUUGCCCGUUCUUCUGGACGCUAAUUGUGUAGCGUCUUUGAUCGAACAAAUUUUGCACUAUAUGGUACACAAAGGAUACUACAGGUCACUGUACAUGUUAGUGAAUUACAGGCUUCCCUCGAGUUUGGAGUACAGCGACGCCCCUCGUGUCCCAUUGGCCGGCACCCUGCUGGAGCACACCUUGAAACCCCUGCACUUUACCUACAGCACCUGCACGCCACACGCCAGACAGUACGUGUUCUCGGCCUUCACUGAGGAGUUCAUAUCGGCGCCCUUCACCGAGCAGGUGUUCCACUUCUUCAUCCCGGCGCUGGCCGACCGGCGCUUCUCCUUCCCCCUGGAGGCCUUCCUGGCCUCGCUGCCGGGGACGGUGGGCACCACCGCGGGCGCCGCCCAGCGGGCGCCCUGGCUCUUCUACUUCGUGCUGGCCGUCGGAGAGACCUGCCUGGACACUCUGUCAGAGGAAGGCCUGCUGCUGUAUCUGCGGGCGCUGCAGUCCCUGCUGCCUCUGCUCCCUGUGUCAGAGACCUGCAGCCGACUGGAGGUCAUCAGCGACUCUGAGGACGAGGAGGACAGCAACAUCAAAGCACUUUCCACACAGGAGGACAGCAGGAUAUCGGUGCAGCUGAUCACGGAGGAGUGCCUACGGAAGCUGGACACCAAACAGCAGACCAACGCCCUGCUCAACCUGGUGUGGAGGGACUCUGCCAGCGAGGAGGUCUUCACCAUGAUGGCCUCCAUCUGCCACACCCUCAUGGUGCAGCACCGCAUGAUGGUGCCCAAAGUCAGGCUUCUCUACAGUUUGGCCUUCAACGCGAGGUUUCUGCGCCACCUCUGGCACCUCAUUACUUCGAUGACGACGAAAAUGAUCACGGGGUCCAUGGUGCCUCUGCUGCAGGUGAUCUCGCGCGGAUCUCCCAUGUCUCUAGAGGACUCCAAUAGAAUCAUCCCCAUCUUCUAUCUGUUCAGCUCUCUGUUCAGCCACUCUCUCAUUUCCGUGCACGACAGCGAGUUCUUCGGCCACUCCCUAGAAGCCCUGUUUUGGCCUCGCCCGUCCGCAGGACAGAGCCAGUCGUCCAUGAUGCCCUUCACGCUGGCGGAGCUGGUGACUCUGUCGCGGUGCCUGCGGGACGCCUGCCUGGGCAUCAUCAAGCUGGCCUACCCCGAGACCAAGACGGAGCACCGCGAGGAGUACAUCGCCGCCUUCCGCAGCGUGGGCGUCAAGACCAACAGCGAGAUGCAGCAGCGCAUUCAGGCCGAGCAGAAGCGCUGGGUGCAGCUCUUUAAGGUCAUCACUAACCUGGUCAAGAUGAUAAAGGCCAGAGACAUCAGGCGGCCCUUCUGCCCUCGCGGUCACUGGCUGUCCGAAGAGGUCAACAUCCGAGCAGAUAAGGUGACCCAGCUGUACGUCCCGUCGGCCCGGCACGUGUGGAGGACGCGCAGAAUGGGCCGAAUCGGACCCCUGCAGUCCACCCUGGAUGUUGGAAUGGAGCCGGCUCAGCUGUCCGUGUCGGAGGAGAGACAUCUCGCCAUCCUCACAGAGCUGCCCUUCGUCGUCCCCUUUGAAGAACGAGUCAAAAUCUUCCAGCGGUUGAUCUAUGCAGACAAAAGAGACGUCCAAGGCGACGGUCCGUUCUUGGACGGAAUCAACGUCACCAUUCGGCGGAACUACAUUUACGAAGACGCGUACGACAAGCUGUCUCCGGAGAACGAGCCGGAUCUGAAGAAGAGGAUCCGGGUCCACCUGCUGAACGCUCACGGGCUGGACGAGGCCGGGAUCGACGGGGGCGGGAUAUUCCGCGAGUUCCUCAACGAGCUGCUCAAAUCGGGGUUCAACCCCAACCAGGGCUUCUUCAAAACCACCAACGAGGGCCUCCUGUACCCCAGCCCCACCGCCCAGAUGCUGGUGGGGGAUUCCUUCGCCCGGCACUACUACUUCCUGGGGAGGAUAUUAGGAAAGGCCCUGUAUGAGAACAUGCUGGUGGAGCUACCCUUUGCCACCUUCUUCCUGUCCAAGCUGCUGGGCACCAGUGCCGACGUGGACAUCCACCACCUGGCCUCGCUGGACCCCGAGAUGUACCGGAACCUUCUGUUCCUCAAGAGCUACGAGGGCGACGUGGAGGAGCUGGGCCUCAACUUCACUGUGGUCAACAACGACCUGGGGGAGGCGCAGGUGGUGGAGCUGAAGCCGGGCGGCAAGGACAUCCCGGUCUCCACCGCCAACCGGAUAGCCUACAUCCACCUGGUGGCCGACUACCGACUGAACAAGCAGAUCCGGCCCCACUGCCUGGCCUUCCGCAAGGGCCUGGCCAACGUGGUCAACCUGGAGUGGCUGCGCAUGUUCGACCAGCAGGAGAUCCAGGUCCUGAUUUCUGGUGCACGUGUUCCUAUUUGCCUCGACGACCUGAAGAAGUUCACAAACUAUUCCGGGGGUUACUCGGCCAAUCACCCGGUCAUCAAAAUCUUCUGGGAGGUGGUGGAAAGCUUCACGGACGAGGAGAAACGCAAGCUCCUGAAGUUCGUCACCAGCUGCUCCAGACCCCCGCUGCUGGGCUUCAAGGAGCUGUACCCAGCGUUCUGCAUCCAUAACGGGGGGAAUGACCUGGAGCGGCUGCCCACCGCCAGCACCUGCAUGAACCUGCUCAAGCUCCCCGAGUUCUGCGACGACCAGCUGAUGAGAAACAAGCUCCUGUACGCCAUCGAGUCCUCUGCGGGGUUCGAGCUGAGCUGAGGGGCCCCGGGGGCAGGCGAGAGGGAGGGCCCGGGGCCCGCGGCCCGCUGAGAGACAGCACUGUGUGUGGAGAAAGCUAGCGUACGCGUUUGCGCGUGCGCACACAUGCAAACACAUGCACACACAAGCACAGGCUGGCACAUUCACAACCAUACCGGCUUACACAUUCACGCACACACACGCAGCAAUAGUCAGGCCUAAUGUCCAAACACACACACACACACACACACACACACACACACACACAUACACACGCAGUCGUACUCAGGCCUAACGUCCAAACACACACUCACACGCAGUCAUACUCAGGCCUAACGUCCAAACAAGUACACACACACACACACACACUCAUACAUGCACAGUCAUACUCAGGCCUAAUGUCCAAACAAAUACACAUGCACAUAUACACAUGCAUACACACACACACACACAUGCGCAUAUACACAUGCACACACACACGCAUGCACAUAUACACACACACACACACACUAGAACCAGAUUCUGAAAUGAAUUGCAGGGGGAAAAGAAAUAAGCGAGGAUUGUAGGUUUAGCUGAAAUGACGGCUGUGCAGCGAGUGUGUUUUGGUUUUUAAUUUCAGUUUUAAACGACUUUACAUACUGUAUCCAGUAAGAGCGACAGGGAAAAAAAAAGCGAAGCUGCUUUUAAAAGCGUCUCCUGACUGUCUGGCCUGAGGCUUUAGCGCUCUUUGACACCCCCCUCCCCCCCCACCCCCCUUACUUUACUCCAGCUGCACACACACACACAAAGAAACCCCCCGUGCUCACCAAAGAUUCAGCUCUGAUGUGGAUGCACAGGCAAUAAGAGAGUGCGAGCGCGCGAGCGAGCCGUGGCCGAGCGGAACACCGCUGACCGGAUCCCCCCGCUGUGUGCCAGCGCUCCGCGGAUCCAGCGCUCCGUGGAUCCAGCGCUGCGAUGAGACUGGGAGGUUCAUGACAGGCUCCCGCCCCAAAUCCCUUCCCCCUCCCCUCUGGAAUUAUUUAGAAUAAUUUAGUGAUUUAUGUUUUUACACUGACAUCAUAUAAUGCAGUAUUUGGCCUGCCUGUCGUGUGGAUUCUACAUGUUGAGAUAUGAUCAGAGAUAGCUGUCUGCCGAUGAUGGAUUUGUGAAUAUGUGUACGUUUACACUAUUUUACGCUCAUUUACCGCGUCUGUAUAGUUUCCUUGCCCCUCUUCUUUUUGUUGUGUUUUGGACCGAGGCUUUACCUUUGAAGCUUUCGCCGCCUAUUAAAGUGAACAAUCUAUGUGCCCGA